CAUUACCCACUGUAGACUGUAGAGGGGUGAGAGAGGAGAGUUGGAAGGAACAUUCUUGGAAAAAACCCAAAAAAGAAAAGAAAAAAAAUUUAAGAAAAAAGGAAAAAAAAAAAAGAGAUCUGUUUCCUAUUAAUAUAUAUUAUUGUUGAUACAGAUUCCAACUAUAUUAUACAGUGCCAGGACAAAAAUAAUAGAGUGUUGGGAGAGAUAAAAAGGCGAGAGAAGAAGAGCUCAGUGCAGAAGAAGAGGAAUUGGAGAUAGAGGUUUGGAAUUGCAAAGCCGUUGUACUUGUUCUGAUUCGGUUGCUGGAUUAGUGGGGCGGGGACUUUUGAAUCUGAAUUGGGUUCAACAGUCUCUCUUUUUCGUUAUUUGGUGUGUGAGCGGAGGAGGGAGGCAGCUGCAUAGGAGGGAACAGGUGGAGCUGCUUCUCAGAUCUGGCCAUCUGAUUGUUCGUUUUGUAUUAUCCGAAUCAUCAGAUGGCUCUCUCGAUGUAGUGGUCGGGAUUUGUUAUCUUUUUUGUCAGUUCUUGUAGUCGCCAGUCCUUGCUUUGUUCCGUUUUUCUCAUUGGCUGAGUUUUGGUUUCGGUGUGGAUUUGCCAAUUGAUGAUCAUUUCUGCACCGCUUAUAUUGGUGGUUCAGUCACAAUCGGCUUUGGAGUUGGCGCUCGACUGAGAGAGGAGCAGCAGUGCUCUUCUGCCGCCACUCUUUUGUCGGCUGUGAGAGCCAUUGGUCUCUCUCUUCCUUUCAUGUCUCCUAACUUGGAUAGUCCUGUUCAGACUCAAAUGGCUGUGGCAGUUUUUAAAAGUCCGAUUGCUGGGGAGUACCACGGGAACAAUAGGAUGGAAGGGAAAGCUGCAGGGAGGAGACGUGUUUUUGUCCAAACCGAGACUGGUUGUGUACUGGGAAUGGAGUUGGAUCGAAGCGACAAUGCACAUACUGUGAAGAGGAGGUUGCAGCUGGCCCUCAAUGUUCCAACUGAGGAGAGCUCAUUGACAUUUGGCGAUAUGGUGUUGAAGAACGACCUUAGUGCCAUUCGAAAUGAUUCCCCUCUUCUCCUGACUCGGAACUUGCUGCACAGAAGUUCUUCGACUCCCUGUCUCUCACCCACUGGGAGGGAUAUCCAACAUAGAGAUCAGAGUGGUCCCAUUGAGAUAUUGGGGCACUCAGGUAGCUUUUCCAAAACUAAACAACUUGUUAAGGAAAUAGUGAAGGCGAUCAAGGCAGGGGUUGAUCCUCUCCCAGUUCAUAGUGGACUUGGCGGUGCUUAUUACUUUAGAAACACCUGGGGGGAGAGUGUUGCCAUUGUGAAGCCAACUGACGAGGAACCAUUUGCACCGAAUAAUCCGAAAGGUUUUGUUGGGAAAGCUCUUGGUCAGCCAGGGUUAAAACGCUCAGUCAGAGUUGGGGAAACCGGGUUCAGAGAGGUUGCUGCUUAUCUUCUUGAUUAUGACCACUUUGCUAAUGUACCACCCACUGCAUUGGUGAAAAUUACACAUUCAAUAUUCAAUGUCAAUGAUGGUGUGGGCAGCAGCAAGCCUCAGAACAAGAAGCUUGUUAGCAAGAUUGCAUCUUUUCAGCAGUUCAUUCCGCAUGAUUUUGAUGCGAGUGACCACGGAACGUCAAGCUUUCCAGUUGCUGCUGUGCAUCGAAUCGGGAUAUUAGAUGUUAGGAUUUUUAACACAGAUAGACAUGCAGGUAACCUUUUAGUUAGGAAGCUUGAUGGUGUUGGGAGGUUUGGUCAAGUGGAACUCAUUCCUAUUGAUCAUGGCCUCUGCUUGCCAGAAAGUUUGGAGGAUCCAUACUUUGAGUGGAUUCAUUGGCCACAGGCUUCAAUUCCGUUUUCAGAUGAUGAGCUUGAGUAUAUAGAAGAACUUGAUCCUAUUAGGGACUCUGAGAUGCUUAGAACUGAGCUACCUAUGAUUCGAGAAGCUUGCCUUCGCGUCUUGGUCCUCUGUACCAUUUUCCUGAAAGGUGCUGCUAGUUAUGGGCUUUGUCUUGCUGAGAUUGGUGAGAUGAUGACCAGGGAGUUUCGAGGUGGUGAUGAGGAACCCAGUGAGCUUGAGGUUGUGUGUAUUGAGGCCAGAAGGCUCAUUGCUGAGAGGGAGAUGCUAUCUCCCAAGGCUGAAGGGCAUGAUGAGGAGUUCCAAUUUGACAUAGAUUGUGAAGAUGAUAUAUAUAAAAUUGAUCCAAAAAUGGUCUCAGAGGACUUCAUGGUUGGCUCGCCAUUUCAUUUUGGAUUUGGUGGUGUAAUUGGCCGCUCUCCACUUUCUAAACUGGAUGAGAGUGUUGAGGAGGAAGAUGAAAGUGAUGUUGAAGAAGAGGAGGAUGAUUUUGUAGGUGUUUUGGGGCCUGCAAGGAACUCGAACAUUUCAAAGUUAUCCAUGUCGCUCAAGAAUACCAGUUUUGGUGAAAAGAACCAGAAAUUCUCCAAGUUGUCUGGGACAAAACCAGAGUAUGGCUACUUAACUAGUUCAUCAUCUGGCCACAGAAGCGCGAAUGAGCAGCUUCCUGUAAGUGCGAGUUUUGUGAAGCUGGCAGAUAUGAAUGAUGAGGAAUGGGCAAUGUUUCUAGAGAAGUUCCAGGAGCUGCUGUAUCCAGCAUUUGCUAACCGCAAGUCUAUAACUCUUGGCCAUAGGCAGAGACAGAGGCUUGGGACUUCUUGUCAGUUUUGAGAUAGAGCCAAUACCAUAAGUCGUUAUGAGCAACAUCGAGGUUGAAGAAUAAGACUGCAGGCUAGUGGGAGUGAGAGACUAUUAGGGGUAGGUUGAAUCCGCGGUUUUCUUGGUGGAAGUUGUUGAAGCAGUGAGUAGCAUUAUAAGUCCUGUAAAUAUAUGCUUUGGAGGCUGCUGAGUGAAAAGGGCCGACUAGAAUUGUUUGUAUUUUCUUUUUGACAUUUUUGCUUUUAACUUCACUCCUCAGAGGGCUUGUUAGAUAAAUAAUUUGUAGAAUGAAUCUGAAAAAGGGAGAGCAUGGUUUUGUAUAUACUGUGGAGCACAUGUUUCCAUUUCAUUCUAUUUAUUUGUUUGCAUUUUGACGAGA